AUCUGUUGACAUAUGGUUUGUGAUUGUUGUUGCUUUGACCAUGGUAUUGUGGUGGUGUCCAAUGCAGGGAGGGGGUUAGAAGCUCACAGUUCAGUUCUCAGCAUGCUUAGUGGUCACCAUUAGCUUUGUUGGGGUUAUAUGGAUGACUUGAGUUGUUUGUGGUGAGGUUAUGUGUUUAUUAUUGUUAGCUGAGUUUAGUUGUAGACCAUAAUGUUGUGGUGGAGGGUGAAUAAGGGUCUCCACCAGUAAUCUGCCAUUUUAUGCUAGAACCAGGGUGCUCUUGAUCUGAAGUGAAUUCCACAGACAGAUAGUGACGUAUUACACAACAGAGUGACGGGAGUGGUGAGUUAUGUCUCUGAUUCUGAGGACAGGUAAGUAUGCAAGAUCAACAGACAAGUUCGGCUGGUGACAUUCACAGUUGAGCUAUUCCUGAUGUCUCUGAGGCCACAGUCCUUCCAAGGCCUGGAUGGGAAGCAAUGGCUGCUGGCCUGGGCUGGAUGUCAGAUCCCUCUUCCUCUUUAGAGAUAACUGUUAUCUCCAUCCUCUUCGUUGCUGUCUGUAUCACACUGUACACACUUUGCACCAGCUGUUACAGCUAUCCACCUAAGGCUCCACACUAUCCAGCAGAGAAAGAAAUUCCAUCAUCUUUCGCAACCAAUGAAAAACCAGAAGAUCAUUGGAGCACAAACAGAACCUCGGGCAAUGAGCAUGUUCCUGAUAGGCCACAUACCAGGAGUUACACCAUGGUGCAGCCACAGCUAUCCACAGUAUAUUCUCACAACAGAGCUGAAUCACAUGGAUACUUUAGCCAGGGAAUGAUACCGCAGCUUUCAGAUGCACCAGUCUUCUCAGGUAGCCCUUCAGGGUCAGUGAAUCUGGACUCCUCAUUGUUCCUAUCAACGUUUCGUGAUUCUAGACUUUUGGAGGAACUAACCAUGCAGUUUCCAUCCCUACAACAGCCCAUAACAGUCUUGAAAGACCAUGAAACACAAGACACAGAAGAUCAAACAAAUGUCAAGUCUUCUCCAUGGUUGGAGCCUAGUAAGGAACAUCUAUAUGAAAGCAUUGGAAUUGGACGUGUCAGUGAGCCCAGUUCCAGCCACCAAGCUCCUGAAGACCAGCAGAGUGAGAAUAGUGAGGACCCCUAUGAAACAGUGAGAGAUCCCAGGGACCCUGCUGCAGGUCAUGUGUGCAAAUCUUCUGCUGUAAUGGACAACAAAGUGACCGAUAAUCCAGGACAGAUUUUUCAGCCUUUCCCAGCAAGGCAAGACAGUAAAGGUUUGGUUGGUUCUGAAAUAACGGACGUCUACGCAGCAGUGAACUUCAAAAAGAAAAGCCUGAAAAUCAAAGAACUCCCCGUUUCAUCAGACACCAUAGCGCAGGCUGAGGAUGACAUAGAUGAGGAGCCAGCACCUCCUGUCCCAGAAAAAAUGUUUGAAACGGACUGUCUCUAACUUAUAUGAUGUUUGAUAUCAUGUCUCAUGCACUUUAUCAAAAAAAGUUAAAGGGCUAAUAUUAUGUAAUCAUUGUGUAAACUAAUAAAAAGAAUGAUUAUCAUCA